UGGUGUAUACCUGAGCUGAAACUUUUAUAUAUAUUUAUAUAUUACCUGGAUAACUCAGGUGGGAGUUAAACAACAUGUAGGUAUUUAAAUGGAUUAACAACCUUGUGGAUUAACAAAGUGCGGUUUUUUAAAGGUGUUAUAGAGAUCGUAGUGUCGUGUUUUGUACGUGUAAAAGUAUAACAAGUGUUACCUGUAAUUAAAGGUGUUUUAUAGUAUAGUUUUAGUACUGUGUUUACCUUCAGGCUGUAUUUCACAGGUAACCGGCUGAACAGGUGAGGAGUGAUCAAUUGUGGAAUAUUUGGAUGAUAAAUGGAGAAGUAAAAAAGGUGAAAAUGUAAAUACAGUUUAAAGAAAACCCCAAAACACAAAACAAUAGUGAAUGUAUAUAUUUUGUAAAUUUCACACCGCGUGAUAUUAUCUGUGAUGGGCUUAUUUCAGACGUUGGAUUAAAAACCGUGAAACGCUCCAUUAACGAUCCGCGUUUAUUCAAAGAUAAAAUAUUAUUUUAAUAAGCCCGAAUGCCUGAUUUCAAGGUCGGAUUUCAGGUAUAAUCAAGGCUGGUGUUUGGUGGAGUGUUUCGUCAACUCAACAAUUUUGAAUCGCUUUUCUAGAGAUCGACAUUUUGUCUUCAUUCCAUCUCUAGAUUACAAACGGUUGCAGUAGGAACCCCAUCUUUACGCUCGUGUCUUUAUAUGUGAAGACUGCGUGUUUUGCUUUGAGUGUUAUUUUUCGAGUGUUUGGCCCCGAGGGUGUUAAAAACGUUCCACGAUGAUGAUGGAGAAUAGUCUACAGAUGAGUAUGAACGGAUUCCGGACGAUGAAUACAGUCGCCGACGCGCAGUGGAUUCAAAUACAACGGAACACGUUCACGAACUGGGUGAACGAACAGUUAAAGCGACGGAAUAUUGUAAUUGACGAUAUUAGUGAAGAUUUAAGAAACGGUGUUAUUUUAAUAGCACUGGUGGAAGAACUAUCAGGAAACGUCAUCAAAACUCGAGUUCCUCGACCACAGAAUCAACAUGAAAAAUUACAGAAUGUUUCUGUGGCGUUAGAUGUGUUGUCACGUGAUGGAGUUAGAAUCUCUAAUAUUGAUAGUACAGAUGUAGUACGAGGUAAUAUUAAGUUAAUCCUCUCGUUAAUAUGGCAGUUAGUCCUACGGUACCAGGUGGGAUUAUCAGCCGUACAACACAGACAGUGGUUCCUGAAAUGGCUGAAGGCUGUCCUACCAGAUGUCACCAUCACUAACUUCGGUAGAGAUUGGAACGACGGUAUCGCUUUAUAUGCUUUAUUAGAAUUCUGUAGACCAGGUCUUUGUUCCAACUGGCCAAACAUCAACAAACAUGACAGAUUAAACAAUUGUAGAAAUGCUAUGAAAUUAGCUCGUCAGCAUUUUGGUAUCCCGAUGGUUUUACGCCCAGAUGAUUUAGCCAGUCCUGAUUUAGAUGAAAGAUCCGCCAUGACCUAUCUGUCUUAUUUUAUCAAGUAUGGCGGCCCCGGUUACUCAGCAACGUUAGACAGAUUACAGAAUAGGAUCAGAACAAAAAUAAUUACUAAUUUUACGACGGACUGGCAUGAUGGUGAGGCAUUAGCAGAAUUAGUGUCGAACUCAGGAAAAAAUUUACCAGAUUUACAAGAUGAAAUUGGAUUACCCGUGGAACUUAUUAGAAAAAGUAUUAAUGUAGGUAAAUAUUUGGGCGUGGAAUCAGUUUUAACGGCUGAAGAAAUCACAGAGGAAACACGAGAACAUCUGGGAAUCAUGACGUACGUCUCACAGUUUCUACCCCAUUCAGAAUAUACACAGACUAUUAAUUAUCAUGAUGUCUCCUUUAAUAGGAUUACAACAUUUGAAAAUGAUUCCAAUUUUUCCAACACCACCUCUUCUCUUACGGGGAACUCUUUACAGCACAUACAACAGCCACAGUCAUCAAACUUUCAUCUGGUGCGACAUCGUGAAUCGACUGCCAUUGAUUACCCUACGAAAGAAACGACUAAAAUUGAUAUUUAUUCUGUCGGUGUUAUUAUCGACACCAAAGUUCACAAACCGUUUGAUCCCGAGAGAGUGAGAAUAGAGGCUGUAGCUCCGAGUGGUCGGGUUGUCAAAAUGACGGGAGAUGGACAUUAUUCCGCGCAGUUUUUGCACACGGAAAUCGGAGAAUGGAAGGUGUCGUUGUACUAUAAAGAGAAAUUUAUUGAUGGAUGUCCGAUUGAUAUUUGUGAUCCAUCACAAGUUCGUGUUGUAGGAUUAAAGGCUGGUUCCGUAGGAAAAUUACAAGAAUUUCACAUCGAUUGUACGAAGGGAGGAGAUGGAGAAGUCGGGGUCGAUGUCACACAUAAUGGCCGUCAGAUUAUAUCUCACGUAACACAAGUAGAACGAGGCAUGUAUCGUGUAACUUAUACUCCGUAUGAUCCAGGUCCUUAUUCUAUAGAUGUCACUUUCAACGGAGCAGAAGUUAGAGAUUCUGAUUUCUACACAACUGAUCCAGAAGAACGACAGAGAAAGGCUGUGUUUUACACAGAAUUUGAAAAUGUUGACGAUCAGAGAAUUAAAGUUAAAACUUCCUGUGAUUGGGAGAUAGAUUAUAUAACUGGUGGACCGUUUGUAUGUCAUGUGACCGAUGGUUCCGAUAUUCAGGUUUACGGAAUGAAUGAUGGAACAAUAUGUAGCACUCCUCAACUUAUAGCCGAUUGUUCUAAAGCUGGUAAUGGAAUCCUGCAAGCGGAAGUGAUGUAUAAUGGACAGAAAUAUAGUGCUAGAAUAACGGAAGAAAGAUUAAACGUUUAUAGAAUAACCUUUAGACCUACUGGACCUGGUAUUUAUAAAAUAUGGCUCACAUACGAUGGGAAGCCUGUUAAAGGCUCCCCAUUUAUACAAGAAAUAGAUGAACUAGAACAACCAAUCGUUAGUGGUGAAGGAUUAGUACGUGCGAUGCCCCAAAGAACGUCAACGUUUAUAGUGGAUCCACGAGGUUGCCGUGGUAACCCAAGUGUUAAUAUUUUGGGUCCAACCCAAGUUGUUCCAUGUCAGAUAGAGCCCCAGUCGAACGGUACAUUUAAAGUUUAUUAUACAGCUGUAGAGAAAGGACAGUAUAUUAUAGAUGUUAAAUUUGAUCAUAAAGAGAUAGAAGGUUCUCCAUACAAAUUAUGGGUGGUAGAUCCUUCGUUAGUUCGUGUAUCAGGAGGAUGGCGACCAUUGAUGGGUGAUGGCGGUUUUAUUCCGCUUGUCGUCAACAAAGAGAAACAUAUCCCAUUUGAUGCAUCAGAGGCUGGCAAUGGUGAAUUAACGGCAGAAGUACGUGGACCGUCUGGUCAUAAGAUACCUGUUGCUGUUGAUGCUAGAAGUGAUGGUAGAAAUACUGUGAUAUUUACACCCAGAAACGAAGGUAGGUCAACAGAUCUUGUAUGA